AUGACUGCUUUAAUAAACAAUAUUUUCAUAUACUGUAUAUAUUAUAGCACUGUGCGGACGUGGGAUGUGUCCAAAGACAAGAAGCAUAAAAGCAUCUUCAAACCAAGAUCUGCUCAAGGAAAACGUGUGAUCCCAACUUGUGCCACCUACAAUAGAGAUGGCAAGCUAAUAGCCGCAGGAUGCCAGGAUGGAACCAUACAAAUCUGGGACAGAAAUAUGAGCGUUCACACAAAAUUUCACUGCAGACAGGCUCACACACCAGGUACAGAAACUUCCUGUAUUGUUUUCUCCUAUGGUGGCACCAUCCUUGCUACAAGAGGAGGGGAUGAUACACUAAAAACAUGGGACAUGAGGAACUUUAAGAAACCUAUCCACACGGCGAACGGCUUGUCCAACUACUUCCCAAUGACAGACUGUUGUUUUAGCCCAGAUGAUAAACUCCUGAUUACUGGAACUUCAGUCAAGAAAGGAGAAGGUAGCGGAAUGCUGGUAUUCUUUGACCUGGUGGAUUUCAAGAAGGUUUAUGAAAUUCCAGUUACAGAUGCUAGUGUUGUUCGAUGCCUUUGGCAUCCCAAGCUGAAUCAGAUCAUGGUUGGGACUGGGAAUGGAUUUGCAAAAGUCUAUUAUGAUCCAGUAAAGAGUCAAAGGGCAGAAAAAUUAUGUGUGGUUAAGACAAAAAGAAAAGCACGUCAAGCUGGGACUCUUACCCAGGAUUACAUUAUCACCCCACACGCUCUUCCAAUGUUCAGAGAACCGCGACAGAGGAGUACAAGGAAACAGCUGGAGAAGGAUAGGCUGGAUCCGGUGAAAUCUCAUAAACCAGAGCCUCCGGUAGCUGGACCAGGUCGUGGUGGCCGUGUGGGGACUCAUGGAGGCACCCUGUCCUCCUUUAUUGUGAAAAACAUUGCCCUGGACAAGACCGAUGACAGUAACGCGAGGGAAGCCAUCCUUCGUCAUGCCAAGGACGCAGAACAGAACCCAUACUGGGUUGCACCAGCAUAUUCUACGACGCAGCCCAAGGCCGUGUUUGCGGAGGUGGACUCCGAAGAAGAAGAACCAGACAACGAGCCAGACUGGAAAAAGCGUAAAAUCUAAAGAUGAAGAGAAUCCUGGCCAUUCACAGCCUCAUUG